CCCCUAGCUCGCACAUACACACAGGGCUGGGGUCGGAGGUCGUGCUGACGUCACUGCUGUCUUGUUGCUCAGCUGAUCGGUAAACAGCCGCAACGGUGACAGCUCGGAGUGGAGAGAGAUGGAGCGGGAAGUCCCGCAGAGCAGCGCCUGAGCCACCUCUCCUGGCGCCGAUCAGGGGAGGGCAUCAAAACCCAGAUCUGACAAAACCAGCAAGAUGUGGCUCAAGCUGUUCCUGCUGCUUCUCUACUUCCUCAUCCUCUUCGUACUGGCUAGAUUCUUUGAGACAAUAGUAUGGUACGAGACGGGCAUUUUCGCCAGUCAGCUAGUGGACCCGGUGACUUUAAGCUUCCACCAGCUGAAGACCAUCCUGGAGUGCCGUGGCUUAGGAUAUUCAGGUCUUCCAGAGAAGAGGGAUGUCCGGGAACUUAUGGAAAGAUCUGGUGACUUGAUGGAAGGAGAGUUGUACUCUGCCCUGACGGAAGAGGAGGCCUCAGAAUCCUGCUCCAGCACUAACUUCAGUGGAGAAAUGCACUUCUAUGAGCUGGUGGAAGACACAAAGGAUGGCAUCUGGCUGGUGCAGGUCAAUGAAUGGUCACUAAAAAUUCGUAAAGAAAUGCGUGUUAUUGACAGACAGAUAAGAGAUAUCCAGAGAGAGCAAGAGAAAGUCAAGCGCUCAAUAAAGGACUCGGCAAAGAAAGGCAACAAGGAUGUUUGUAAAAUAUUGGCAAAGGAGGUUGUGCAUUCCAAUCGGGCAAUAAGUAAGCUCUAUGCCUCCAAGGCCCACAUGAACUCUGUACUCAUGAGUAUGAAGAAUCAGUUGGCUGUCCUGAAAGUCUCUGGGUCCUUACAGAGGAGCACAGAGGUGAUGAAAGCCAUGCAGAACUUGGUGAAAAUCCCUGAGAUCCAGGCCAACAUGAGGGAGCUUUCCAAAGAGAUGAUGAAGGCAGGGAUUAUAGAAGAGAUGCUGGAGGACACAUUUGCAGGAAUGGAGGAUGAGGAUGAAAUGGAAGAAGCAGCAGAUCUGGAGAUUGAUAAGAUUCUGUAUGAGAUCACAGCAGGGGCCCUGGGCAAAGCUCCCAACAAAGUCACUGAUGCCUUACCAGAACCGGAGCCAGAGCUGGAGGGCGCCACCGCUGCAUCCGACGAAGAGGAGGAUCUGGAAGCCAUGCAUUCGCGACUGGCUGCCCUUCGCAGCUAAUGCUGCGCUGUGCAGUUUCUCCUCCAGUACUGAGCGACUUUGUUUUCCUCUAUCUGUAACUUUCUUUUGUGAAAGUAUUUGGGGUAAUAUAUCUAUCUCUGGCUUAUUAAAGGUGGCAAAAUCCUUGUACUGACUCCUCCCCCUGGUACUGGUAUUCGCAUCUUGCUUGAGAAGGAGGUAUGCUGAAGGCAAAGACUGGACAUCUUUCCGUGCCCAUAAUGCACUUUGCCCUCUCUCUUUGCUGCCGGGCAGGCCUUACUCUUAACGGGAAAUAACCAGUUGAACGAUUUUACCUGCUGGGCAAGUUUAGUGGAAUAGACUAACCAUGGACAAAGAGAGGACUCUGCAUACAUCAUUAAUGUCAUUGCACUCUUUGUAAACGAUUAUUACCAAUGUCUGAGCAUAUUCUUCCUCCACCACGUGGCCUGGUUCUCCUUUUAAAGAUAUUUGACAUAUGUUUGAUCCUUGUACCUUCCCAUAGAUAUAUUGUACAGUUUUAGCACUCGUCCAUAUAAGGCUGCCUAACUGUUAAUCAUUUUCAUUUAUCGUGACCUUGGUACCUCAUGGAGAAGAGGUAGUGAUUUUGUGAGCUUGGGGCUUUGAUUUCAGGUAAAUAUUCUAGGUUCCUAGUGCAUAAAAGGGUCAUUCCACCCAAACUGAUAUUCCAGUUAUAAGUGGCUGCUGCUGGGAUGAAUCCGCCACUGGCUUAUCAAUUUAUCCACCUUUGAUUCAGGGCUCACAGGUGAGCUUUUAUACAAUUGCGAUCAUGAACUUUAACCCCUUUCUGACCAAUUGCUCACUUUUUAAAAGGGCUAGUUGUCAACCAGGGGUUACAUUGUAUGCUAUGAUAACAUCUCACCAGUAAUCAUACAUACAGCCAAUCAAAUGAUUGGCUGUACAACCCAGUUGUUCAAGUGAUUUUAGUGAUCUUUCAUUACAACACAAAGAAGCAAACGGUAAGAUUGCUUGUAUCAAUCUUAGGCCGCGUUCACACUUGGGUGUUUGCGACCACGGGCAGAAUGGCAGCAAUUCUGCCUGCAUUUCCAAAACGCUCCGCAAAACUGACAAAUCGCACUACACUUGUUCAGGUGCCAUUCCUUUUCAAUGGCACCUAAACGCAGGUGCGGUUUUGCAGUGAUUGCCGAAAUCUGUUGACCAAAAGAAGCAGACUUGAGUCAUAACAUUGAAACAAAGCACCAUUCACACCUGGGCGUUGGCAAACGUGGACAAAAUUGCCGCAAUUCUGCCUGCGAUCCCAAAACGCUGCAAAACUGACAUCACACCACGCUUUUGAUAAAUCGAACUGUACUCAUGGCAAUCUGCAUCACGAGAAGCUAGACGCUCAAAAAGAAGUAGAAGCUUCUUUUGGGCAACAAGUCUUGACAAUUGCAGCAGAACCUUACCUGUCUUCAGAUGCAAUUGAAAAUGAAUAGAACCUGGAAAAAAAAAACGUAGUGUGAAUUGUCAGUUUCGCAGAGCAUUUAGGGAUCGUGAGCAGAAUCGCUGCCCACGUUUACCAAGUCCAGGUGUGAAUAGGGUCUUAAUGUUUCAACGUUGUGACUCUGUAACAUCUGUCUCCACCAUAAACUAUAUGAUUAAAUUUUGCACUCAA